AUGGUAAUAUCACAAGUAAGAUCAUGCAUACGAACGCUCUCUACCAGCAGCCGGGUGGACAAAUCCUUAGCCAAAUGGUAUCAGAGUUUGUGGCAGCCGAAAAGCAACGAACCACCGUACGAUCACAUCGUUCAGCUAGGUGAUCCUGUGCUGCGCGUUCCGUCGAACCCGAUCCCGGAACAGGAACUUAAAUCACCCGAAGUACAGUACCUAGUCAAGCAUCUGGUGAAAGUGAUGCGUUCAUACAAGUGUGUAGGACUGGCCGCACCGCAGCUUGGCCUUUCGUUGCGAGCAUUCGUGAUGGAGUUUAAGGAUGAGCUGCGCGACCAGUACACCAAGGCGGACUACAAACUACGCGAAAUGGAAUCUUUACCAUUGACGGUUUUCUUGAACCCGGAACUUAAAGUUCUCAACUAUGAAAAGGUGACACACACGGAAGCGUGCGAAAGUGUGCGCGGAUAUCGGGCGGAUGUGGCACGAUACCGGGAGGUGUUGAUAACAGGCUUCGAUGCAUCCGGCAAGCAGCAGGAACUGAAACUGAAUGGUUGGAAUGCACGUAUAGCCCAGCACGAGAUGGACCACCUGAACGGGGUCGUGUAUACGGAUCUAAUGAAUAGGAAGAGUCUAACCUGCACCUGCUGGCAGGCGGUCAACGCGAAUAGUGGACGGAUUAAACUAUCGUUUGCAAAUAAAUGAGGAUCAGUAAAAGGGAG